AUGAUUGGAAAUUCAACUCUCUCCAAUUCAGGUGAGGAACAACAACAACAACAACACCAGAAAAAGCUUCCAAGAAUUGCCUCCAUUCCAGACGAUGAUAUUUUCCUCUCCGAUGUGUAUAUGGUUCUGUUCAAGAAUGGCCUUUAUUCAAAUGCAACAGUCAUGAUCAAUAAUAUAACAUAUAGGGUUCAUAAGGAAAUUGUUUCACACACAAGUGGACUUUUUGCGUCCUACUUUUAUUCAGGGUUUGAUAUUCAGAGUCAUCAUAAUAUUGAAGUGAAAGAUUUGGAUGACAAGAUUGCUUCUCCUGAAAUUAUUGAUACCGUUUUUAAGAUCUUGUACAAUAGUUAUGCAUCGAUCAAGAAUUCUUCAUCUGAUCAUCAACACCUUGACGCGAAUAGUAGUGAUACACAUAACAAUGAAAAUAGCACCACGACGGACAACUCUUCUUCUUGUAAUGAUAGUGACAGUACGGUCAACAGCUCUAGCCAGUCCAAAGGCUCUUCGUCAAAUACUACUUUUAAAUUGGUAGAUCCGAUCACUCGUGAGAACCUUUUGGAACGAUUGAAUAUCCAUUACAUUUUGAGGUUCUUUUGCUUUAACUUUAUUGAUGAGUAUGACAUUCCAUUGAAUGUUUUUAAGGAGAAUUUUAAUGUACUCUUUGAAAGAAUUAGUGGGAUCUAUGAUACCAUUUACAAACAUCGAAAAGGAGACUGGAAAAGUAAUAUACCCACUCGGGACACGACAGAAUCAGUGGAAUUAUUAAAUCAAUUCUUGACGAUAUUCCGAGGUAAAACUAAGGACAAAUUACUACAAUGGGACACCAAAGUUAUUCUCUACAAUGGUUUGAGAUAUAACAUUCAGGAUAAUGAAUUUUGGCUUACCUAUUUAUAUGUGAAUGUGACCGCACCAUUUUUUGGAUUGAAUGCCUUUAUUUAUCCAAGUGAAGCAAAACAUCAUCAACAUUAUCAUUAUCCCAUACGUUUACCACUCAUACGUAAAGUGAAGAAAAUACCAAACUUGAACUUAAAUUGCUUGAGGAAUCUGUUGGUCAUUGAUGAACAUUUGCUCUUCCUGGCCAUGCUGAUCGACUUUGAGGGAGAAGUACUCAAACAUUAUAAUGAGAUAUUCGAAUGUCCAUUAUCGAGUAAUACUCACACGCUACAAGAUUCAUUGAGUAAGAUGGGUGAUUUGAGUCAUGAAGAGAAACUUAAGGCUGCAGAGACAAGUUUUGUGACGCAGUGUCAACUCAUGUUUCCUCAUCAAAUAUCUCAUUACAUUCUCUCCCUCUUCUUCACUUCGAAUGCUCUUUAUCAGUCGAAAUUAUUUGCUCCUCAACCCAAUGCCUCCACACCCUAA